UUCUCAUUCUGGAAAUACGUUUUCAUUAGUUAAACAAGCAACAGAGAUUCCUCCAUUGGAAGAAAAAAUUCUCUCUAAAGAAGAGAUCAUGAGAUACAGCAGACAGCUCAUCAUCCCAGAGUUUGGAGUCAAAGGUCAGCUGAAUCUGUCCAAGAAGGCUGUUCUGAUUGUUGGAUGUGGAGGGCUAGGCUGCCCUGCAGCUCAAUACUUGGCUGCUGCAGGCAUUGGUCGAUUAGGACUCCUUGAUUAUGAUGAUGUGGAACUUACUAACCUACAGAGACAGAUUCUCCAUGCAGAAGAUAAAUUAGGCAUACCAAAAGCAUUGUCUGCAGCAGCGACAGUAAGUCAGCUAAAUUCAAAUGUUGAAUGCGUACCAUAUCAUUUUCAGUUGAGCUACAAGAAUGCAAAGCAACUUAUUCAACAAUAUGACAUUGUAGUAGAUUGCUCUGACAAUGUCCCUACACGGUUUCUUGUCAAUGACGCGUGUGUUCUGAAUGGGAAGCCACUGGUAUCAGCUAGUGCUCUAAGAAUGGAGGGACAGCUUACAGUAUAUAACUACAAUGGUGGCCCCUGUUAUAGAUGCCUCUAUCCAAAGCCACCUCCAGCUGAGACUGUAACUAAUUGUUCCGAUGGUGGAGUUUUGGGAAUAGUGCCUGGAAUUCUGGGAUGUAUUCAGGCACUGGAGGUGCUGAAGAUUGCGUCAGGGAUAGGAUCAUCUUACAGCCAACAGAUGUUAAUAUUUGAUGCAUUGGAAACUCGAUUUCGCACCAUUAAGCUUCGCUCCAAGCAGCCAACAUGUGCAGUGUGUGGUGCGAAUCCAGUGGUGAAAGAUCUGAUUGACUAUGAAAAAUUCUGUGGCUCAGCAGCAACAGAUCAGUGUAGGACACUUCAUUUAUUAACUGGAGAACAAAGAAUAACUGUUCAGGAAUAUAAACAACUGUUAGAUCAAGGUGUUCCUCAUGUUCUGGUAGAUGUUCGUCCACAGGUAGAAGUUGAUAUUUGCCAACUACCUAAUUCCAUUUAUUUUCCAUUGGCUAAAUUAGAGGAAAAGAAUGCUGAAUACAUAAAACUUUUACAGAAUAGUAUUGUCACAAGUAGAAAGGAGGCAAUGGCUGAAGUUGCUGCUUUUCCAGUCUAUGUUAUCUGUAAACAAGGAAAUGAUUCCCAGAAGGCUGUUAAAAUCCUGCAAGAGAUACUUGACAAUGAGCUCUCCCCAUUAUCGGUGAAGGAUAUUCAGGGUGGCCUAAUGGCUUGGGCCUGUAAGAUUGAUCCAACUUUCCCACAGUAUUGAUUGCUGGAAACGGGGAAGGGAAGGCAAUCAGUUAACACAUUUCUAAAAAAAAAUUACAAUGUGUUUAUUAUUCAGUGCACUGUUAAUUGUCAAUAGAUACAAGUGGAAAAUCAUUUUUAACAUUCCACAGAUUUAUUCCGUUUGAAGUGCUUUUCAGUUAAGGAAAGAUAAUGUAUGUGCUAUUUUCUGUAUUGGAUGUAUUUAACUGAUUUAGUAAGGACACCAGCAAUUUAGUAACUCUGUACAAGUGUACAGAAAAUCUCUCGGGUUGGGGUUGAUUCACUUUAUUAAGUAUCUUGUGUUACAGGCCAAAUACUGUGCUGCUGAAUUACUAAUUUUGAAAUAUUGAGAGAAUAUCAAAAUUAACGUUUAAAUAGUAAUUGAUGAGUAAGCCACAGAUGAAGCCGAUGACACAUGCAGAAAUACUGACAAUAGAUGUUUGCUUUAAUUUGCUACCACAUAGGCUUUUGGGUAUUUUAAUAAUUAUGACAUUGGUGCAAGUCUGGCAGUUCUGAUACUAUGGAAGUUAAUGUAGCAAUUCAUAUUUUUAACAAUGGACUGGGUUUUUUUAAACUAUAUAUUCAUUUGUGUAUAUAACGCAAGUGCUGCCCUUAGGUUUGCCACAACAAUAUUAAAUAUUACAUGGAUUCCAUUAACAUACAUAAUAACAUAACAUCUGUGAUAUAAUUUUGUCUCGUAUGGGAAACCUAUGUUUCAAGGAUGUCAACCAGACCAGCUAUAGAGUCAUCGAGCUGUGCAGCAUGGAAACAGGCCCUUCGGUCCAACUCGAACAUGCCAACCAGAUAUUCUGAAUUAAUCCAGUCCUAUUUGCCAGCAUUCGGCCCAUAUCCCUGUAAAUCCUUCCUAUGCAUACAUCUAUCCAGAUGCCUUUCAAAUGCUGUAAUUGUACCAGCCUCCCCCAUUUCCUCUGGCAUUCCAUACACAUACCACCCACUGUGUGAAAAAAGUUGUCUCUUAGGUCCCUUUUAAAAUCUUCCCCUCUCACCUUAAACCUAUGCCCUCUAGUUUUAGACUCCCCCACCCUGAGGAAAAGACCUUGACUAUUCACCCUGUCCAUGACCCUCAUCAUUUUAUAAACUUCUAUAAGGUCACCCUCCGCUUCCGACACUCCUUUAAAAAAAAAGCCCUAGCCUAUUCAGCCUUUUUAAGUGCACAUUUUUUAUAAAUUUGCAUGAAGAGUAUGGAGUUUUAUCUUCAGCAUUACAGUGGCAAUAUCAGUUCCUGAACAUUUUCAACUUUGUGGUGCAGGAUGGAUUGUUUGGAAGACAUAGUGAAUAUUUCAAGAUCGAAAUUUGGUGCUUCCUAGGAAAUGAUUUCAUUUUUAAAGCUGACUGUGGCACUCUUGAUUCUGUUACUUCUAAGUAAGACUUCUGCAAACCAAUUAGGAAAUAGCAAUUCUUGUUGCAGUUCUUGCAUGAGAUUUAUUCAAUAAAUGUACCUCAUUUAAUUAAAUGUGAACUUAUUAGGUCUGUUUAUUGUAAACAAUGAAUCACAACCUAUCCUCUGUAACAUAGAUGACAUCAUUAUAUGUGAAGUAAAAUAUCUAUUUGUAUGAUAGUAUUGUAAAAACAUAUGACCCAUGCCAGUUUUUUUUUAACGUGCUGACACCUUUUAACUAAUCAAAUUUGGGAGUUUUGGCAUUCUAAAAGUUGACAUUGUAGACUUAGUGGAUAGGAAAAAUCGAGCAAAGUCAAUCUUUCCAGUAUCUGCCUUGUUUUUAACCAUUGCUUUCUAAGGGAGAAUAUACACCAAUCCUUCAGAAUAAUCACCAAGAUUGAAAAUAAAUCUCAGGUCUAGUGCUUAACAUAUUCCUUGUAGUUUUUUUCAAGUGCUUCUUUAUCUUGAGUCAUUUAAUAUGUACAAAGCUCUAAUGAGAAAAUAAUUCUGUGAACCUUAUAAUUAUAGUUUUUAUUGUAAGAAAACACUGUAUAGUGAACAGGAUAUGCUUUAAUAAAAGGCGAUUUGAAAUUUUU